AUGGCGAAGUCCAACGGCGAUAGAGGGCGGGGCGGACGGGGGGCAAGAGGGCGUGGUAGAUUGAGCAAGGGCAAGGGUGGUCGUGGCAGUGGCAGCAGCUCACAGCAGCGCCACCAGCAGACCCCGCAGCACCACCCUGCAAGGAUCAGCGUCAAGCCCCCAAGCUUCUCGGGGUUUCGAGGCCCUCCGGACCGCUUCGUAGAGGAGUCGCACCCGCAAUUUCAGGAGAUAGUGAGCAAGUGCUACGCGGGUUUUCACGUCGAGGCGCCGGAGGCCUUUGAUGCUAAGGUGCACGAGGAAGCUCGGCAGGCGUUCGAUGGCCUCGAGAAAGGGGGCGUUUUCAGGGCGGACGUCACGCAGCCCUUCGGCCUCGGCACCAAGUGCGCCAUGACGUACGUGAGGAGGACCCUCGUGGGCGACCCCGGAACCACGUACAAGUACCUCGGGUUGAGGAUGUUCAGCCACCCGUGGUCGACGACGGCGAAGGAGGCCGAUCCCGACCGGGGACACGGGUCCGGCGUCCCCUCUGCCUUGCGGCGGGUUGGCCUCCUGAACGACAAGCUGAAGGAACGCUCGUUGAGGCUGCUGAGAGCCCGGGGCGGUGGGAAGGGAAAGGCGCGGCGGGAGGGGGGUGAGGGCAAUGAGUUCGGGAGCUGCGACUUCAACGUGGCGCUCAUCAACCGCAUGGAGCCUUCCGAUGACCGGCCAGAUCUGAAGCUGGAGCCUACGUUCGGGCAGGACCGAUGCUCCGUCUCGUGGCACGCGGACUCAUGCCUGGAGCACUACUCGAGCAUUGCGGUCUACCACGUGACCGACCCCGAGGCGAAGAAUAAAAACGCCAACGCCAACGGGGGCGAUGCAAACCCUGCCGUCCCCGCUGACUGGAGGAUUGCGCUGAGGGUGGAGCCUGACGCGGAGGGACCGUCGGCGGGAAAGCUCAAGCUAGCGGCGACUGAAAACGAGUCGAGCAGGGUCGACCGAGCGCCCGCGGUAGCGGUGGCGCUACCGUCAAGGUCGGCCUACUUCCUCCUGGACGACUUCAACCACCAUCACCAGCACGCCGUCUUGGCGGGGCAAUCGCACCGGUGGUCAAGCACCCACAGGGUAGCCAAGAAGCAGGGGCACAGUUUCGACUACAUCUCGGGAAGGUGUAGAACCGUCCUCAGGGACGGGCACCGGAGGACCCUGAAACAGUGGAAGACGGAGCAGCUUACCCUCGCCGAGCUGGAGUUCGAGUGGAUUCGACAGUUUUACGUUCAGGGUCGUGCCCACCACGCCCUCCACUCCUGGUGGCACGGGCCGCUGCAGGAGCUGCUCCGGUUCUGGUCCCUCCUUGAGGCCAAGACGGCGGUUGUGGUAAACACCCUGCAGGGGGCAGCGGAGUCGCGCUUUGAUCAUCAUCAUCAGCAGCAGCAAUCAGGCAGGGGGGUGGUCGAGGCAGCGGGAGCGGGCGCGGACGACAAGCGAGAGAAGAAGGCCCGGCAGAAGCGGGCCAAGCAGAGGCAGGCCGUGGAAAGCCUCGGGGGGCGAGCUGCCUACUCGGCCAUCGCCGAAGCGUUGGGGGACCGGGCGGAGAAGCGGAGACAGUGGGCGGAGCGAGAAAAGGACAAGGUGUUCGAGCGGCUCUCGGCCGACUCCCGGCCCAUGCCCUGUCCCCUCUCCCCUUCCUUCUCCUCUGCCAACAGGGCCCUUUCGACCCCGCUCCCUCGUACCCCGGAGGCCCUGAGCGCUCUGGCCGACGCGGUGCUUGAGUGGGGGAAGAUAUUCUCCGGGGAAGAUGGUGUUCGAGGCGGUGGAAUCGUGGCGGCGGAGGAGGCGGGGGUGGGCGAGGGUGGACGAAGCGUGUCCGGUGACUGCGGUGAGAACGAGAGCGGAGGAACCGGCGAGAAACCGGCGGGGGUGGCGGACUCCGGGGUGGCGGACUCCGGCGCCGGCGUGCACAAUGACCCAGACGGCCAAGAACCCUGCGAGAGCAGGACCAGCGGCGGCAGCCUUCCUUCGCCGGUGCCAACAUCCCCAGCCGGCGCCGAGAGCGCCCGUCACGCUCCUCCCACCCCCUGGGAGACCGGUCGCUUUGCGCUGGAGGUGCAGGCGCCGUGGUCACGCCGCCUCCUCGACGGGGAGAAGACGGUAGAGACGCGGGGGUACCCGCUUCCGGCGGGCCUGGUCGGCCGCUCGAUCGAGGUCCUCGAGUCCGGGCGAGGCUUGGACGGGGUUUCCGGCGUCGGUGACGUCGUGGAGGCGUUCUCUGCCGGUCUUUCGGUCGUCGGGCGCGUGGUGUUCGGCGGCACGGAGGCGUACCCGAGCCGGGAGGCGUGGGCGGCGGACGCGGACCGGCACCUGGUGCCGGUGCCGGCGGAGGAGGGAGGGUCCGAGAGCGGCAAGGGGUACGGGUGGAAGGGUCCCGGGAGCGUGCACGCCUGGAAGGUGGCGAGCGUCGAGGCGUACCCGAAGCCUCGGGCCGUUAGGAGGAUGGGGCGCGUCUUCCGCUCGCUGUUUUUGGUGGAGCAGCCCAAUGGGAAGCAAUCCGCUGGUGGUGUUGGCGGCGGCGGUGGCGGUAAUGACAACGGCGCGAAGCCGGAGGGAAGCGCAGGGGCCGGGGCUGCGGACGACCGCCCUGAGAUCGGCGGUGACGAAGGCAAGAGAAAGAGGAAGCCGAAGAAGAAGCGGAAACGGAAGGGUCCGUCGGCCGGCGGGGUCCUUGGGGCCGCUGAUGCGGCACCAGGGACUGCUGUUAGCGAGACUGGCAAGCUUUUUUCUGCCACUUCGGCCGCUUUUGAAACUCCGAAUGCCACCGCUGCCACUUCAGCUACCGCCGUGUCUCCCCCGCGGGAGGCGAAGGGAGGAAGUGCCGAGAAGGCCAAGACGAAACGGCCCAGGUACGCGGCCAACGGCCAACAAGAAACCGUUUCUGGGGAAGGCAACGUGUUCGAUGGGGCGGCGAGUGGGGGGGAGGAAUCGCUCUCGAACGGUAGCGAAUCCGUUCAAGACGAUGGCGGGGUCGGCGGCGGCGGGGGCGACGGUGGCAGCGGGGUAGAAGGUAGCAGGAGUGGUCGUGGGGGGAAGGGAAAGAGAAGAAGGAGUGGAAACGGUUCGGAGCAGCAGAAGGGGUUGACACGGAAAGGCGGGGAGGAAGAUAUGGGGGACGAAGGGGUUGUCGCUCUUGCUGCCGCGGCUGCGGCGGCGCGAAGCGCCGGGGGCGGGUUUGAUGUAGUGGUUGGUGAUGGGUGGGGCGCAGCAGACGCUCCUGCCGUGAAGCCGGGGGACGGAGAAAUGCGCAAUAGGAAAAAGAGGAAAAAGAAGCGAUACUGACUUACGGUCGGAAGUACAAUUUUUGGGAAAGGAGGGACGGACGUGCAAUGACGCAGCGUGCUGAGAGAUUUGUAACGAGUUUCGAACUACUUGAGUGGUGCUUGCUGUAGUGCUUGUGCAUCUUACCUUUGUUGCUUUCAUCACGGAGGAUUUGACCGUCCGCUUGUUCACGGCUAUGAAUGGCAAUGCGCCGGCUCUUGGCCGGAGUUCUUGCAGUAGUUACUGUUGGGAUCCAUGGACGGUACCCAAGUUCCUUCGUUCGAUACACUGUUGAGUGUGAACUUCUGGGCCGCCAAGGUUCUUGUUGUGAAUGUGGGUCUUGGCACGGAUCGGCUACUGUACGUCGCACAGGCCGGGGUACUGGCACAGGCCGUGCGGAAAAAAGUCGGGUUCCAAGGAAUUUAAUUGAUUAUCGUACAGGUAUCGUUCACGUCGAACAGGGGUGCGCGUAGACCCCGGUUGGGCGAAACCACGAGUGAUAUCCAGCCUUUAUCGCGUGCUACUACCGGACCAAGGUAGCUUGAAUGUUGGGCUCCAUUACUUUGGAAUAGUAACCGCCAUGCUCAACAUGGUUAUUAUUGACGGAAUCGGCAAAAAGGUUUCUACUCGAUCAACCAAG